UUAUCCGAACCUUCAAAAGAAGAAGUUAUCUCUGAGCCUGCUCAAUCCGACCCUAAUAAUCCGAUUACUAAAUAUCAGCAAAGAAUAGCCAAAACCGAAGCCAUUAAUCAUGCUAAAUCAACUUCAAGUUCCGAGCAAUCUGAAUCAACUAGUGCCUUAAAAGGCUUUUAUGAAGAAAGUUUAAAAGACACAGUCGAAACUAAAACCAAUGAGUUCAAAUCUCUGGAUGCUGAUUAUCGGACUUUACUAAGUGAUAUUGAAAACCAGUAUGCGGAAGAAGCAUUACCGGAUGAAGAAACUAUGGCCGAAGAAAUCACGCUCUGA